AUGCAGUCCCCCGACAGCGGGAGAAGCUCCCCAGCUACCUCAGCCUCAAGCCCACUAGGUGGAGGGCCGUGUCACGGUACCGAUCAUACCUUACUUCCAGAAACAUGCUUCCGAAUACGUGGGAUACCUCCGGAUUGGGACAAGGAUAACCUUCAAGCGGCUUUGAACACUAUCCUCCCGGGGCUCACUCUCAGCACCUCACAGAUUUCAGGUCCAUUUCCAGCUUGCAAUGACGACACACAAACAGCCUUAAUCAGCCUCAAAGAUCCCUCUACACUCCAUGGACCUAAUUCAGAGGAACCCUUCAUCUGGAUUGAUGUCGACAAGAGUGAAAGACCAGUGCAUAUCACAAUCGAUAAAAGCUUUUUUGAUCUGACACCCUUAAACACCCCGCAGACGCCGAUCUGUGCCGACGUGAUUGCCGUCACCGGUUUGAGCGGCCAUGCUUUUGGAUCGUGGAGAAGCCGAAAUGGAGGCGCAAUGUGGCUACGUGACUUCCUACCCAAGGCAUAUCCUCAGACGCGCAUUAUGACAUACGGUUAUGAUAGCAGAUUGGGGAAUACCAACCCUCUUACUAUGAGAGAUCAUAAACUAGGACUAAUGGAGUGUAUUAGCAAUGCGAGAAGAAACUGCCCUAAAAGACCCAUAAUCUUUAUUGCACACAGUUUGGGGGCUAUGUUAGUCAUACAGGUAUUACUUGAAUGGCGCCAGUCUCCUAGCAAUCAGGGCCUUUUCAAUUGCGUUCGAGGAAUUUUUCUCUUUAGGGCAUUUCACAAUAGGAUGAAUAUUUCAGGUCUUCAAAAAUUGGUGAGCCCAGAUGUGGGACGUGUUGAGACGCGGAAUAUGAUAGAGGACUUGAAUGAGGGUUCCCAAUAUUUGGCGGACCAAAAGGACCGUUUAAAAAACAUGUGGCCACAGUUAAAAGCAAAGAUAGUCUCCUUCUAUGAAACUAGGACAACUAGAACGGUUACUGAGGUUGGACCCGGGAGGUUUGCUAGAGAGGGUGAGCCGAUUCAGGUGGUUCAAAAGACGUCAGCCCAGUGCUCCAUGCCUGGGGAAGUUCCCAUUCCUAUUGAUUCAAAUCAUUCGGAUAUGGUUAAGUUCAGUUCGCCUGAGGAAAGAGCGUUCAGGUCAGUCAUCAAGUAUAUGGAAAGUCUCGUGGAGAAGCGGAGCCGAGAGUCAUUAAAGCAAUCCCUUGAGAGGUCAAUCAUAAAACAGGAGUGUUCCUUUUACGUUGACCAGAAGGAAUAUCAUCACCGUUUCCUGGAGCCGUCGGUGACCGCCUAUGCCGAGGGUAUCUUUUUAGCUUCAAAUAAUCUUGAUUACGAACGUUGGAGAGUGGAUACCGAUCCAAGCCAUACUCUAGUGUAUAGUGGAUUUCCCUCCUUAGCGCACGCAUUACCCAUCUUUCUACAAGACCUUGCAAAGGUUGAAAAAGAGAGCCUGAUAUUGAAUUUCUCUUAUGGCUCGGCAAGCACUUCUUAUAGAUAUGAUUUGACUCUAAAGGGGGCCAAUCACAAAGACCUUUGUAUGGCUUGGACACUAUUUUGUCAGGCCACCGAUUCCUAUUCGCAGGAUGUGCAACAGCAACUAUUUCUAUCGUUUUUACGCGUUCUCCUGGCACCUAUGAAUGACGAUGAGUUAUCGCGGGUUUAUGAUGACCCCGAAGAAGCGUUUACUAUUCUAAUGGGAUUGUCCUCGCUAGAGACCAUCUUAGAAGCUCUCGAGAAGUCUCUGGCUCAAGUGGUAACAAUUCGUGUGAGUCAGAACAAUGGGUGUUCAAAGCUAAAAAGAGACAUAAAAAUGAUUCUCGAUCUGGACGAGCCAUCGACCGAGCAUUGGAAAGAGUUAUUUCCCAAAAUCCGUACUAUCAUCCGCCACCUGCGGAAGGAUGGCAUAACAGCGAAAGUGUUGAUAAUGGACCCACCCGUGAUAGGGAACCUUGAGCUUGUACCAGGUUCGGAAAUUCAUGUUACCUAUGACAAAGAAAGACAAGAUUGCUUGACUACACUAUACUUCCAUAAUUCACGUUCUGAGAAAGUGUCUACAGGAUAUGCUCAUACCUUUGAGUGGCUGUGGAAAACCCCCGAGUACCUUGCCUGGAACUCAACGCAAGAAUGUGGCGCGGGGUUGCUCCUUAUCGAAGGAAAGCCUGGCAGUGGUAAAAGUACCUUGAUGCGCUUCUUCAAGGACAGGUUUUCACCCGUUUCUUCCAACAAAAUAAUUCUCGCAUCUUUUUUCUACCACGCUCGUGACGGAGACUCUGAGAGGAACCAUACGAACAUGUUGAGGGCCCUUCUCUACCAAAUACUUGAGGCAGACGAAUCGUUUUUCGCGUGUGUUCAGCCUAUAUAUCGCCAGGCCCUCCGACGGGAUGAACUUUGGGAUCUUGAAAGGCUUAAAGAGGCGCUUAGAGCAUGUAGAAGACACGUAUUAUCUCGAAGCCUCUUCUUAAUCGUUGAUGCAAUGGACGAGUCAGAGAAUACAGACCGAACAGAUAUUAUUCAGUUCUUCCAAAAGCUCACUGAAAGGACAGAUGGCAGUGAUGGUAAAUGCCUAGUAAAGGUAUUUCUCACGAGUCGACCGAUAAACGAGUUGCACCCCAGCGGUUUGAAUGGAGUUUAUCGAAUCGUCCUCCAAGAAAGAAAUAAGAAGGAUAUCGAAUCUUACACGGACGCAUUUCUACAGAAUUCCGUGUUCGACUCAGUGAGAGGCGCCAAGCCAGCGCUUAAGGAAUAUAUUAUGGAGCAUGCUGACGGUGUAUUUCUAUGGGUACAUCUUGUGGCAAAGGAGCUGGUACAAUAUGCUAUGAAGGGUUCAAGGCAAGGUAAACUACUGAAGUUCCUCAAAUCCCUCCCCAAAAGCCUGGAGGACUUUUACCAGCGUAUGCUCGAGGGCCUUGACAGCGAUGACCCAGAUGAUUUGGUAGAUGGAAAGCGUAUUUUGCAAUUUUGUUUAUUUUCUCACCGAGCUAUGGAGCUUCAUGAGCUAGAGCAUGCUCUUGCAAUGCCUGGCCUACCGAAGGAUCCUGAGCCAGAGGUGGCAUCCUGGGAAAUAGAAAAGCCUACGUCUAUAAGGAGACUCCUAACACAAUGUACUGGAGGAUUUGUCGAUAUCCAAGAGAGUGAGAAAUCGUAUGCAGUUAUCCAGGCCAUGCACCAGACCGUACGCGAAUUCUUCCUCCGCCCGCAUCAUCGUGUUCACUCCCAUCUGAACCUCACGAGCGAGGAUGAUGCCCGAGAAAUGAUACAACUCACAUGCGUGAGAUUCCUUGAGAGCACUUAA